AUGGAGAGCGAUGGAUUGGAACAAGAUUUGAUUGUGUCUAAAGAAAUUUAUCUCCGUGGAAGUGGUUUUGUGCGGAUGAGCGGCCUACGGCCCCUGUGGACAAUGACUGAGUCUCCGCAGCUCGACUAUUAGCGGCGCCGCCACCGCCGCCCCUCCGUCGCCUGCUGGCCACCCCGCGCCCGAGACGAUCUCGCCAGCGGAAGGGUUACUGCGCCCGUCACCAUCGCCGCUGUCACCAUUGUGCUGCUGCCGUCACCAUUGAAGGCUCGACGCCCCCGGUGCAGCUGACGACCACACCGCAACUCCUUCAUUGCAGUUCGCAACUCCAAUACUCU